GCAGGAACCGGGCAUUGUCACCCCAUCCUGGGUGGGGGCUCUCUGUAAAGGCAGGAGUUGCCUGGCUGAGGGGGCCCCUUCCCCACAAAGGUGGCCAGCCAAGCUCUGUAUCUCACAUGGUGACCCUGAGCAGAGAGGCUUUUGUUGGUUGGUUUCUUCUGAGUUAUGAUUCCUCCAGAGGUUUAAGGAAGCUUGUACAAUCAGAACAGAGGGAUGCAGGGUGGGAGUGGAGCAUCCAAGGGGCCUGAGCAAAGAAGGAACCAGGUUUGUUGGGAGAGUUAAAGGGUCCAUGAGAAAAGGCCACCCUGUUCCAAUAAGCACAGCUUUACCCAAAGCCAAGGCCCUAAAGGAGCAUUCCCCUCAGCUAGACCAGAAGAGACACCUUCUACCAUCCUUGGGUGAAAUGCAGUGGUUGGAGGCUGUGCCCUACCUAUACCAAGCAGUAUGGCCUUAGGCAAAUUACUUUUCCUCUCAAUUCCUCAGUUUCUUCUCCUGAGAAAUGGGCCAAUAAUACUAGCUUCACAGAGCUAUUGUGGGGUUCAAGGAGAAAGGCCAUGAAAAGUUUCCAGCUCAGAGCCUGGCCCAAGGCCCAUCCCAUGGAAGUGUUGGCCAUCACCAGGGUGCUGAGGGCAAUGGCUUUGCUGCUCUGGGCCUUGGCCCUCCUGGGCCUGUUAGGCACAGGCAUGGGCUUGCGAUCCCGCCAGCUGGAUAUCUUCCGCAGCGAGACAGAGCUGAACCACCUGGCUGUGGAUAAGGCCUCAGGUGUCGUGUAUGUGGGGGCAGUGAACAUGCUCUAUCAGCUGAGCGCUGACCUGCAGCUGGAGCAGCAGGUGACCACAGGCCCAGCCCUAGAUAACAAGAAGUGCACACCACCUAUCGAGGUCAGCCAGUGCCACGACGCCGUACAGACCAAUAAUGUCAAUCAGCUGCUGCUGCUCGACCCACCCAGGAGGCGGCUGGUUGAGUGUGGCAGCCUCUUCAAGGGCAUCUGUGCCCUGCGUGCCCUGAGCAACAUCUCCACGCGUCUUUUCUAUGAGGAUGGCAGCGGCGAGAAGUCUUUUGUGGCUAGCAAUGAUGAGGGCGUGGCCACAGUGGGGCUGGUGAGCUCCACGGGCCCUGGCAGUGAGCGCGUACUGUUUGUGGGUAAAGGCAACGGGCCACAUGACAAUGGCAUCAUUGUGAGCACACGCCUGCUGGACCGGGCCGAUGGCAGGGAGGCCUUUGAGGCCUACACUGACCAUGCUACUUACAAGGCUGGUUACCUGUCCACCAACACGCAGCAGUUCGUGGCUGCUUUUGAGGAUGACCGAUAUGUCUUCUUUGUCUUCAACCAGCAGGACAAACACCCAGCCCGGAACCGCACACUGCUGGCACGCAUGUGCAAGCAGGACCCCUAUUACUACUCCUACCUGGAGAUGGACCUGCAGUGCCAGGAGCCUAGCAACGCCCCUGAUGCUUCCUUUGGCACCUGCCUGGCAGCUUCCGUGGCUACACCAGGUGCUGGCCGGGUGCUCUAUGCUGUCUUCAGCAGGGACAGCCGGAGCAGCGGGGGCCCUGGUGCAGGCCUCUGCCUAUUCCCACUGGAGGAUGUUCAUGCCAAGAUGGAGGCCAACCGCAACGCUUGCUACACAGGCACCCGGGAGGCAGCCCGCGACGUCUUCUAUAAGCCCUUCCAUGGCGAGAUUCAGUGUGGCAGUCACAUGCCGGGCGCCAGUGAGAGCUUCCCUUGUGGCUCGGAACACCUGCCCUAUCCACUGGGCAGCCGUGACGGACUCAUAGCCAAAACCGUGCUGCAGCGUGGAGGUCUGAAUCUGACAGCCGUGACGGUGACUGCUGAGAAUGGCCACACUAUUGCUUUUCUGGGCACCUCUGAUGGCCGAAUCCUCAAGGUGUACCUUGCACCAGAUGGCACCUCCUCACAGUAUGGCUCCAUCCCCGUGGAGAUCAACAAGAGAGUCAAGCAGGACCUAGUACUGUCGGGAGACCUAGCCAGUCUGUAUGCCAUGACCCAGGACAAGGUGUUCCGGUUCCCAGUGCAGGAAUGUCUGAGCCACACAACCUGUGCGCAGUGCCGUGACUCCCAGGACCCCUACUGUGGCUGGUGUGUCCUCGAAGGACGGUGCACCAGGAGGGCUGAGUGCCCACGGGCUGAGGAGACCAGCCAUUGGUUGUGGAGCCGGAACAGGUCCUGUGUGGUGGUCACUGGUGCUGAGCCACAGAAUAUGAGCCGGCGGGCCCAGGGGGAGGUGCAGCUGACCAUCAGCCCACUCCCUGCUCUGAGUGAGGAGGAUGAACUGCUCUGCUUCUUUGGCAAGUCACCAUCACAUGUUGCCCGUGUGGAGGGGGACACUGUUUUCUGCAACUCACCAAGCAGUAUCCCCAGCACUCCGCCAGGCCAGGACCAUGUGAUUGUGAGCAUCCAGCUAUUCUUCAAACGUGGCAAGAUCUUCCUCACUUCCCACUUGUAUCCCUUCUACGACUGCCGCGAGGCCAUGAGCCUGGAGGAGAACCUGCCGUGCAUCUCCUGCGCAAGCAACCACUGGACCUGCCAGUGGGACCUCCGCUACCACGAGUGUCGGGAGGCCUCACCCAACCCCGAGGACGGCAUUGUCCGUGCCCACAUGGAGGACAACUGCCCUCAGUUCCUAGAUCCCAGCCCAGUGGUCAUCCCCAUGAACCAUGAGACAGAUGUGACCUUCCAGGGCAAGAAUCUGGACACAGUGAAGGGCUCCUUCCUAUAUGUCGGCAGUGACCUCCUCAAGUUUGAGGAACCAGUGACCAUGCAGGAAUCAGGAACCUUUAUCUUUCGGACCCCAAAGCUGUCCCAUGAUGCCAAUGAAACAUUGCCACUGAAGCUGUAUGUCAAGUCCUACAACAAGAACAUUGACAGCAAACUCAAAGUAACUCUCUACAACUGCUCCUUUGGUCGCAGCGACUGCAGCCUGUGCCUGGCCGCCGACCCCACCUACAACUGCGUGUGGUGUCGAGGCCAGAGCAGGUGUGUAUACAAGGCUCUGUGCACAAAUGCCACUUCCGAGUGCCCACCGCCAGUCAUCACCAGGAUCCAGCCUGAGACAGGCCCACUGGGCGGGGGCAUCCACGUUACCAUCCUUGGGUCAAAUUUGGGUGUCAAGGCUGACAAUGUCAAGAGGAUCACUGUGGCUGGCCAGAACUGUGCCUUUGAGCCAGAGCACUACUCUGUGUCAACACGGAUCGUGUGUGUGGUUGAGGCCGCAGAGGCACCCCUCACCGGGGGUGUCGAGGUGGACAUCAAUGGGAAAGUUGGCCGUUCUCCACCCAGUGUCCAGUUCACCUACCAACAGCCACAACCACUCAGCGUGGAGCCAAAGCAGGGACCGCAGGCUGGCGGCACCACACUGACUAUCAACGGCACCCACCUGGACACGGGCUCCAAGGAAGAUGUGCGCGUGACCCUCAGUGGCGUCUCUUGUAAAGUGACAGAGUUCGGGGCGCAGCUGCAGUGCGUCACUGGCCCCCAGGCAGCUGUGGGCAAGGUGCCCCUUGAGAUCUCCUACGGAGGCUCCCCUGUGCCCAGCCCCGGCAUCUCCUUUGCCUACUGCGAGAACCCUGUCCUGGGAACCUUCCAACCACUGCGCAGCUUUGCCAGUGGUGGCCGGAACAUCACCGUCACUGGUCAGGGCUUUAGCCUGAUCCAGAGGUUCGCCAUGGUAGUCAUCGCUGAGCCCCUACAGUCCUGGCAGCAGCAACAAGAGGCUGAACCCCUGCAGCCCAUGACGGUCAUGGGCACCGAGUAUAUGUUCCACAACGACACCAAGGUUGUCUUCCUGUCCCCGGCUGUCCCUGAGGAACCAGAGGCCUACAACCUCACAGCUCUGAUACAGAUGGAUGGGCACAGAGCACUGCUCAGGACUGAAGCUGGCACCUUCGAGUACGUGCCCGAUCCCACUUUUGAGAACUUCACGGGUGGCGUGAAGAAGCAGGUCAACAAGCUGAUCCAUGCCCGGGGCACCAACCUAAACAAGGCAAUGACGCUGCAGGAGGCUGAGGCUUUCGUGGGGGCCGAGCGCUGCCUCAUGAAGACGCUGACUGAAACCGACCUAUACUGUGAGCCCCCUGAGGUGCAGCCCCCACCUAAGCGGCGGCAGAAGCGUGACACAACACACAACUUGCCAGAGUUCAUUGUACGUGGGGUGGGGGGGACGGGGGCAGGGGCCGGGAGCCCUGCCCACGCUGAACCCACGCCCCCUGUUGUGCAGGUGAAGUUCGGCUCUCGUGAGUGGGUGCUAGGCCGUGUGGAGUAUGACACGCGUGUGAGUGAUGUACCCCUCAGCCUCAUCCUGCCUCUAGUCAUUGUGCCCAUGGUGGUCGUCAUUGCAGUGUCAGUCUAUUGCUACUGGAGGAAGAGCCAGCAGGCCGAGCGCGAGUAUGAGAAAAUCAAGUCUCAGCUGGAGGGCUUGGAGGAGAGUGUACGGGACCGUUGUAAGAAGGAGUUCACAGACCUGAUGAUCGAGAUGGAGGACCAGACAAACGAUGUGCAUGAGGCAGGCAUCCCUGUCCUGGACUACAAGACCUACACCGACCGCGUCUUCUUCCUGCCCUCCAAGGAUGGCGACAAAGACGUGAUGAUCACGGGCAAGCUGGACAUCCCUGAGUCACGGCGGCCUGUUGUGGAGCAGGCCCUCUACCAGUUCUCUAACCUGCUCAACAGCAAGUCCUUUCUCAUCAACUUCAUCCACACUCUGGAGAGCCAGCGGGAAUUCUCAGCCCGUGCGAAGGUCUACUUCGCCUCCCUGCUGACGGUGGCGCUGCACGGCAAGCUUGAGUACUACACAGACAUCAUGCGCACGCUCUUCCUGGAGCUCAUGGAGCAGUACGUGGUGGCCAAGAACCCUAAGCUGAUGCUGCGCAGGUCUGAGACAGUGGUGGAAAGGAUGCUGUCCAACUGGAUGUCCAUCUGCCUCUAUCAGUACCUCAAGGACAGUGCAGGUGAGCCCCUAUACAAGCUCUUCAAGGCCAUCAAACAUCAGGUGGAGAAGGGGCCUGUGGACGCCGUGCAGAAGAAGGCCAAGUACACCCUGAACGACACAGGGCUACUGGGGGACGACGUGGAGUACACGCCCCUGACAGUGAGCAUGAUCGUCCAGGAUGAAGGGGCUGAUGCCAUCCCGGUCAAGGUUCUCAACUGUGACACCAUCUCCCAGGUCAAGGAGAAGGUCAUUGACCAGGUGUACCGCACACAGCCCUGUUCUUGCUGGCCUAAGCCUGACAGUGUGGUUCUUGAGUGGCGACCUGGGUCUACAGCACAGAUUCUGUCUGACCUGGACCUGACCUCUCAGCGGGAUGGCCGAUGGAGGCGCAUUAAUACCCUGAUGCACUACAACGUCCGGGACGGAGCUACCCUCAUCCUGUCCAAGGUGGGGGUCUCCCAGCAGCCGGAGGACAGCCAGCAGGACCUGCCUGGAGAGCGCCAUGCCCUCCUGGAGGAGGAGAACCGUGUGUGGCACUUGGUACGGCCCAUAGACGAGGUAGAUGAGGGCAAGUCCAAGCGUGGCAGUGUGAAAGAGAAGGAACGGACCAAAGCCAUCACUGAGAUCUACCUGACGCGGCUGCUGUCUGUCAAGGGCACACUGCAGCAGUUUGUGGACAACUUCUUCCAGAGUGUGCUGGCACCUGGACAUGCAGUGCCACCUGCAGUCAAGUACUUCUUUGACUUCCUAGAUGAGCAGGCAGAGAAGCAUGACAUCAAAGAUGAGGACACCAUCCACAUCUGGAAGACUAACAGUUUACCCUUGCGGUUCUGGGUGAACAUCCUCAAGAACCCCCAUUUCAUCUUCGACGUGCAUGUCCAUGAGGUGGUGGAUGCCUCCCUGUCAGUCAUUGCGCAAACCUUCAUGGAUGCCUGCACUCGCACAGAGCACAAGCUGAGCCGUGACUCACCCAGCAACAAGCUGCUGUAUGCCAAGGAGAUCUCCACCUAUAAGAAGAUGGUAGAGGAUUACUACAAGGGGAUCCGGCAGAUGGUGCAGGUUAGCGACCAAGACAUGAACACACACUUGGCAGAGAUUUCCCGGGCACACACUGACUCCUUGAACACACUCGUGGCACUGCACCAGCUCUACCAGUACACGCAGAAGUACUAUGAUGAGAUCAUCAAUGCCUUGGAGGAGGACCCUGCUGCCCAGAAGAUGCAGCUGGCCUUCCGCCUGCAGCAGAUAGCAGCAGCGCUUGAGAACAAGGUCACUGACCUCUGAUCACCAACCUCCAACACUGCCUCGGGCACAGCAGAGGAUGUGCCCAGAAUCUGGAGUGGGGCAGUGGGGUCCCACCCAGUGCUGUAUCCUGUAGCAUCUCUCCUGAGCAAUAUCACCAGGCGCCCACACCAGCACCAGCUCCCUACAGGGGAACCAGCAGCGGGUGUUCUGAGUUGUCUUCUGAGUGAUUCGCAAACGUGCCUUACGAUGCCACACCAGGGCAGAUGGGCCUCAGCCUCCCUCCACACACCAGCAGCCCCCUCAGAUACCCUGGAUUUGGCCUCUGGGUGGGGUCUGAUUGUCUGCAGACCCCAGGGCAAGUUCCUAGACCACGUGUCUAUCAGUCUACCAGGAUGGAGGGAGAAGAAAAAGCGGUACGAUGCCUUUCUGACCUCACCUGGCCUCCCCAGGGGGUGCUGGCACUCUGGGUGGACUCAAGGGCCACUGGACCCCACCUCAAAGGUGAACGUCAGACGUUGGGGCCCAGGUGGCCAGAGGGGGCCCAGCAGAAUGGGGGUCCUGGAGGCCCUGUCCUGAUCUGGGAUGGCUGGGAACAGCUUCACCAGAACCACCCCACCACCCUUUUUGUAAAUCUUGUUAAUUAUAAAUCAAAUACAACUGUCUUUUUCACU